UAAUAUGUGAAGUGUGUGCGCGGAGUUUUGGCUUGUAUGCGGGAGCGUGCAGGAGUCAGCGAGGGGGGUGAAAGUAAAGUCCAACUCCUAAACACGAGUGAACAGGAGGAGGAGGAAGAGGAGGAGGAAGAGAGAGAGAGAGAGAGAGAUGGAUGUACAGGCAUGUCGCCGGAGCACGAGAGCGGAGGAAGGUGGUGGCCGAGGCGGACAGCACAGAGACUGGCACCGCGAGGAUGCCAACAACACCGCCGCUGCGUUCUGCACUUCAUCAUGAUUGUACUGAGCAGCUGCAUGACGCGCACUGCUGCCGGAGCUGAAGCUAACUCCGAGCCGAACGUGGUGACUGCCUCAAGCUGGAACGUUUCCAGUGAAGCACAGAAAGACCACUUCCUCAGACUCGAUGCUCCCAUGAACAACAUCACUACGUCCCUGGGCCAGACUGCCGAGCUGCACUGCCAUGUGUCGGGAAACCCGGCUCCCACCGUGCGCUGGCUGAAGAACGACGCUCCGGUGACUCCAGAGGCACGGCGUAUUUCCUACAAGCAGACUCCAUACGGGUCUCGACUGCGCAUUCGCAACCUGGACACCACCGACACCGGCUACUUCCAGUGUGUGGCCAUCAACAGCUACGGCACCGUCUCCACCACGGGAAUCCUCUUCGUGAAAUUCGAUCCGCUGCCAACACCCCAGUCUGGAAAGCCUUCACCAGACGACUUUGAAGAGGAAGGCUUCUGCCAGCCGUACAGAGGAAUUGCCUGCGCGCGCUUCAUCGGGAACCGGAGCAUCUUUGUGGACUCGCUGCAAAUGCAGGGCGAAAUCGAAACUCAAAUAACCGCUGCCUUCACCAUGAUUGGCACUUCCAACCACCUGUCAGAUCGCUGCUCUCAGUUUGCCAUCCCGUCGCUCUGCCACUUUGCCUUCCCCACAUGUGACCGGAGCUCUGGGAUUGAUAAACCACGCGACCUGUGCAAGGAUGAGUGUGAGAUCCUGGAGAACGAUCUGUGUAAGACUGAGUACAUCAUCGCCCGCUCCAACCCCCUGAUACUCAAACGACUCAAACUGCCCAACUGUGAAGACCUGGCUGCUUUGGACAGCCCCGAGGCAGCCAACUGCAUGAGGAUCGGCAUCCCAAUGGGCGAGUCCAUCAACAAGAAUCACAAGUGCUUCAACAGCAGCGGUUCUGAUUAUCGGGGCACCACCAGCAUGACCAGGUCAGGCCGCCAGUGUCAGCCGUGGAACUCUCAGUAUCCACACAGCCACACCUACCUCGCUGUGCGCUAUCCAGAGCUAAAUGGCGGCCACUCAUACUGCCGCAACCCAGGCAACAAGCAGGAGGCACCCUGGUGCUUCACUCUGGAUGAGGGCGUUCGCAUGGAGCUAUGUGACAUCCCUGCAUGUGACCCGGAGAAGCGUGGAGGCAGCAGUAUGGAGAUCCUCUACAUCCUGGUCCCCAGUGUUGCCAUCCCGCUAGCCAUCGCCUUGCUCUUCUUUUUCAUCUGCGUGUGCCGGAAUAACCAGAAAGCCUCGCGUCCACCCGCCCAGCGCCAGCCCAAACCUGUCCGCGGCCAGAACGUGGAGAUGUCCAUGCUGCCUGCAUAUAAGCCCAAGACUAAAGCCAAAGAGCUGCCUCUGUCAGCUGUACGUUUCAUGGAGGAGCUGGGUGAGUGCACCUUUGGUAAAAUCUACAAAGGUCACCUGUACCUGCCAGGUAUGGAGCAUGCUCAGCUUGUGGCCAUCAAGACUCUGAAGGACUUCUCCAGCCCACAGCAAUGGAACGAAUUCCAGCAGGAGGCUUCUGUAUUUGCAGAGCUCCACCAUCCUAAUGUUGUGUGUCUCCUGGGCAUGGUGACACAGGAGCAGCCUGUGUGCAUGCUCUUCGAGUUCCUCCCACUCGGAGAUCUCCAUGAGUUCCUGGUCAUGCGCUCGCCACACUCUGACGUCGGCUGCAGCAGCGAUGAGGACGGCACUGUUAAGUCCAGCCUGGACCAUGGAGACUUCCUGCACAUUGCAAUGCAGGUAGCAGCUGGCAUGGACUACCUGGCCAGCCACUUUUUCGUCCACAAGGACCUGGCAGCAAGGAACAUACUUGUAGGAGAACAACUUCAUGUGAAAAUUUCAGACCUGGGACUGUCAAGGGAGAUCUACUCUUCUGAUUACUAUCGCGUGCAGCCAAAAACACUGCUGCCCAUCCGCUGGAUGCCUCCAGAAGCCAUCACAUAUGGAAAGUUCACCAUAGAUUCUGACAUCUGGGCUUUUGGAGUGGUUCUUUGGGAGAUCUUUAGCUUCGGUCUUCAACCCUACUACGGCUUCAGCAACCAGGAAGUGAUUGAGAUGGUGCGCAAGAGGCAGCUGCUGCCUUGCCCAGACGACUGCCCACCACGCGUCUACACGCUAAUGAACGAUUGCUGGCAGGAAGGACCUGCACGGAGGCCCAGGUUUAAGGACGUCCAUGCUAGACUGCGUGCCUGGGAGGGUUUGUCAUCCCACGCCAGCUCCAGCACACCAUCCGGAGGCAAUGCCACCACUCAGACCACCUCGCUCAGUGCCAGUCCCGUCAGCAACCUCAGCAGCCCACGCUAUGCCGGAUACAUCUAUGGUGCUCCUCAGGGAAUACCAGCAGGUCAGAUUGCAGGUUUUGUGGCAGCACCAAUGCCACAGAACCAACGCUUCAUCCCUGUGAAUGGAUACGCCAUCCCUCCAGGCUACACUGCUUUCCCAGCUGCCCACUUUGCCUCAGCUCAGGCACCCACGCGAGUGCUCCAGCACUGUCCUCCCCCUAAGAGUCGUUCCCCCAGCAGCGCCAGUGGCUCCACCAGCACGGGCCAUGUUACUAGCGUGCCCUCCACUGGCUCGAACCACGAUGCAAACACGCCACUGCUUUCACACUGCGUCACUCUAGCUCCUGUGGCCACCAUGCAGGGCGGCGCGGUGUCCAUGUUUGGACACAUGGCACAAAAGGGGCUGCAGAUGGACCCGGCUCAGGCGUCUCUGUUAGCCGACUCCAACAGACUCAUGUACGGCGAAUCAGUCAUCACCGCUGACUUGUGAAUACAUCGUUCUUUUUCUUUCUUUUUUUUGUAAAUGAUUAUAAUUAUUGAUAUUUUAAAAUGUUUUCUUUCACUGUGUAAAUACCAACUAGCCGGAAUGGAAUGUAAAAGAUUUAUAUUCUAUGUUUUUUUUUUUGUUUUUUUUUUAAUGAAAAAUGUACGAAAAGAAUAAAGGAACACCUCCUCAUCUCCUCUUACUGAUGAUAUCAGUGUGAUACCUGAAGAAGACUUUGAGACCCUUUGAUUUUCUUCCAGUUGCUCUUUUCCAGCUGGAUGAGAAUAUGAGCUUGCUGUAAAGGAAUCCUCAUCUUGAUCACAGCCCUGAAAUACAAUGGUCAUGAAAUCAUGCCUUUUUCAUGUCUGCCUCAAAGCCAUUUUGAUUGGACUGUGGCUUGAGCUCGUCAACAUUUCUCAUUCUCUUUCCUCAAAGUCAUCAAUCUGACAGUUUGGUUUCGCUUUGGUAAUUGCAGUGGUAAUCGGGUGUAUUGGUUAUGGACUGUUAGUCUAGUAAUUUUCAUUUGAAAUGACCUCGUGAAUGAGUUGAUGCUUUAUUAUAUUCCAACUCCACGCUGCCUUUUCAGGUAGCUUUAAAUCUUCUGUCAUUGAAAACUAUACUUAUUCAUUGUAUACACUAAAAGCCUUUUAUGCCUGACCUCUGGUAAAGCUUAUUGCACUGUUUCUGGUCAUAAACUGUUGAGUGCAAAAGUUUGCAUACCCUAAGGCCAAAAUUAAGACAAAGAUAUUACAUGUAUGGUACCUCCUCUUCCCUGACAUAUCUGUUCUUAUUCUGCCAGCGUGACCAAACUUUGGCAAGACUAACAGGUAUAUCUGUAACUGUGUCAAGCAUCACUUGUCACAAAUCAGGCCUUUUUCUGUCGAUUUUGCUUCCAUUCAAAAUCACACUUUAGCUUUGAACUGCACUUACACCAUGUUUGAUGAGAAAAAUGCAGUUUUAUGACAAAACGUGCUUCACAUUUAGCUUAGUAAUCCAUCUAAGAUGUUUCCAAGUACUUAGUAAGUAUUUUAAAGUCAAUCAUGAUCAUUUUAGCAGGUAGAACCAAUCAAUUACCACUCACUGAAUGAUACCGGUCAUAAUCGUAGCAUUGACAGCUCUACAUUUACCUUUAAAUUCAAUUAUUUGGCAGACCCUUUUAUUCAAUGCAACACAGUUGAGCUGAACAGAUGAAAGUUAAAGGCCUUGAUCAGUGGCAGCUUGGUAGUACUAUCCAAAAUCCCCAAAUUCUGUAUCUACUGAGGCUCUCUAUCCUCCGUGUGGCGUGCCAUGAUCUCAACCUGUCUGUAUGCUGGCUGGCUCACCGGGCUCUCUAUCUGACUACCGUUGUCAUUGGUCAGCUGAGCUGUCGAUCUGUUGUGCUGCCUGUUUAUCUAACUCACCAGCUGUGUACUCUGUCUACCUGUAUAACUGGCUGGCUGACCGUCUCUAUCUGUCUGUCUAACAGCGGUCCAACUAUUCUGGAAUGGCAAGUCAAGCUAUCUACUGUACCUCUCUCUCUGAAUGUUCAAUCGUGCUUCCAUCCUUCCAGCUGUUUGGCCGGAUGACUCCGCACUUAAUCUGUCUUCCUCUGCAAACUCAAUUCAAAUGAGAUUUUUUGUCUCUGAAUUUUCAGCCUUUGCAUUGUGUAUUAGCGAGAAUGCCUAGAAAAGAUCAUAUCUGUGCGAUAUGGCUAGGUAGAAGGAUAGUUGUGCUCAAAUGAGAGAAAUUUUCUCGUGUGUGAAGGCAGAGGCUGUCCACACACCGAAUGAAACCAGACCACAGAGGUCUAUCCAAAUAUAUAUUUAUUAUUUUAAACUUGCAUAUGGAAAAAUGUGCAAAGAUCAGCGAGUUUAAACAGACCAGAGAGCAGAUGUUUCAGCUAAUAACUUUCUUCACUAUACGGCUUGUAAAAUACAUCAGCAGUUUGCCAGCGAUUACAGUUUUCUCUUUCGUUAAAGAAUGACACAUUUUUAUCUGGUUAUACUUGCAUUCAAUAUUGUGAACCGUUCAUGAAACAGGUUAGUGCCUUGGGGUUAGGGGUAGGUUUAGGGUUGGUUUAUUGCUAGCCCUAACUCCAAGUUUUUAAACAUAGGGUUAGGACUAUCUAUAAAACAUUGUUCCCUCAUCACCCUCACCCCCCCCCUUCUUAAAGUUCAUAAAACAUUGUAUCUUUACAAAGAAGCCGCAAAUUGUUCUGACUUUCUCUGAUCGAACACCUUACCUCUGACAAAACAGUUUUACCUGGGGCUGUGCUGACACUUGAGACUCCUUCCAAAAAUACUAAAUCAGCAUCCCCUAACAGAAAAUUUCACAAUAUCAACUAUUCCAUAUGUUCCGAAUCUUCUCGAUUGGAGCGUCUGCCGUGCACGUCUCUGUUAGUUGUUUUUCACAUUAGAAACCGUAGUGAUGAUAAUUAGAAUGAAUGCAUUCAAGUAAACAUGUCAUUUGUCUUGCAAUUAAUCAACAUCUUCUGACCAAUCAGAUUUGAGAAUUCGACGCCAUCAUAAUAUCUUAUGAAAGCUGGCUAUUGAGUAUAUGCACAGGGUUCACAAGAGGCUCGGAGCGUUUCUUUGUGUACAAAUGAAGUGAAUGCAUUUUCUCUCUCCUUCUUCCCUCAUAUUAUUGAUCAAUCCUGUAUCUGCCAGCUCGUAUUAUCACGUUCUUAUUUUCUUUGUGUGUCGACUUGUCUAGACUGGACCGGGAACUUCACCUUAACGUCACAGGGAAUAGCUGCACUGUCUAGUCGCUAGCUCUUUCUAUUGUUUAUUUUAGUUAGUUGCUAUGCAACUAUCAAAUACAGAUGUGCACCAGGGUUCAGGCUGUUAUUCAGGGUACAGUUAAAAGGUUAUACAUACAAAGCUAGAACAAUCUUCUCCAGAAAUGCCGCCGCCUUUUUUUUUUUUUUUUUUUUGCCUGUGUCAUAACGUGUUAUGGCAUAUUAUGAAAGAACUUCCCCUUGCUAUGCAUGUAAUAACUGAUAUUUGAAUAGUUUAUUUUUGAAUCAAUGGUUUAUUUUUGUACAACAUUUUGUAUCAACAAUAUUGCAAUAUUAUAAACCUCUAACCAUAUUGAGACUCUUGGUGAUCAUGAUUAUGGUACGAGCUCAUGUUUGUAACGUGGACAAAUCACUUAUCUGUUCUUUCGAAGUGUCUUCAUGCAUUUGCCUCCAGGAAGAUCGGAGGUUUUAUAUAGCUGUUUGAUUUGUAACCAUAAUCGCUUGUACGGCAAGUCAAAAACCACUUAAUACUGAAGACUGUGAAUCGUUUUUUGGCUCUCCAUAGAGGGGCGCCAUUAAGGACGCAGUAAAUACAUGCUAAACGUUUACACAUUUUAUAUGUCAACUUAUGUGGCCUUGAUUUUCUUUGUGUCAUUGUGAGAAAAGAGUUUUGCACAAAUAGUUUGUAUGGCAAACUUGCUAUUAAACAACUGUUGUUUUUUUGUCA